AUGAAUUGCCCCUCACGCACCGACGACACCGAAGCUCAUCCGGACUGGAACCAGAAUCCGCAAGCCCUGAGCUCGGACCUGACCACCAGGGCGGACCUCAAUGGGAUUGUGAAUCUCAGAGAAGAGCGAGCCACAGAAUCGAGUCCGAAUAAUGAAACGCAGGAAGACAUUCGGAUUAGGCCUAUUGACAGUCCAGAGUCAAUCUCCGGUGGCUUCAAGUCACCCACCGCUGUCAAGGUUGAUCCGCAAGAGCAGCAGCGAGCGGCCCUUCAACAAACCCACCCACGACGAUUUCAGUCUUUCCGCUCCCCGAGUGCCUUCGUGAGCAAGGCUCUAGUCACUGCACAGAAGUAUGUGAAGUUCGUGGGUCCGGGAUUCCUCAUCGCCGUCGCCUACAUCGAUCCAGGAAACUAUGCUACGGAUGUCCAGGCAGGUGCGGCAACGAGAUAUGCUCUUUUGUUUAUUAUUCUCAUGUCCAAUCUGUUCGCCAUCUUCUUGCAGUCUCUCUGCAUCAAGCUGGGGAGCGUUACGGGCUUGAACUUGGCUGAAAAUUGCCGGAAAUAUCUGCCCAAGUGGCUAACUAUUGUCCUUUACUUGUUUGCGGAAUCCGCCAUCAUCGCUACAGAUAUUGCAGAGGUCAUUGGAUCGGCAAUAGCUCUAAAUCUUCUGUUGCACAUCCCGCUAGUUGCGGGAUGUGCCAUAACAAUGGUGGACGUCCUGAUUCUUCUCAUUUUCUAUCGUCCCAAUGGCUCGAUGAUGCACCUGCGGCUGUUCGAGUAUUUCGUCAUGAGCCUUGUCCUCGGUGUCAUGGUGUGCUUCUGCAUACAGCUCUCCUACAUUCAAGACACUACCAUUGGAGAAGUAUUCAAGGGAUACCUUCCGUCUGCAGCAGUGGUCGAAGGGAACGGUGUCUACCUAUCCUGUGGCAUCAUGGGAGCAACCGUCAUGCCUCAUUCUAUCUUUUUGGGAUCUGGCGUUGUGCAGCCGCGCCUAAAGCAAUUCGAUAGGCAGAAUGGACACAUCGCGAUGGCGGCAGAGGAAUCGGACAGCGAAGAGGAGAAAUACGUGCCGUCCAUCUAUGCUAUCCGAGCAUGCCUCAAGUACUCGAUCGUAGAGCUUGCUUUCUCACUCUUCACUUUCGCCUUGUUUAUCAACUCGGCCAUCCUCAUCGUCUCCGGGGCGUCACUUUAUCCGCAAACCGCGGCCACGCAGGCAGAUCUCUUUGGCAUCCACGACCUCCUCAGUAAGAACCUUUCCAAGGCAGCGGGCACUAUCUUUGGCCUCGCUCUUCUGCUGUCGGGUACUUCUGCUGGCAUCGUCUGCACCAUGGCGGGUCAGAUGGUGUCUGAGGGCAUGCUGCACUGGACUGUGAAACCCUGGGUCCGCAGGCUCAUCACCCGAUCCAUCAGCAUCAUCCCCAGCAUCAUCAUUGCGGCGGCCGUGGGCAAAGAAGGCUUGAACUCGGCCUUGACUGCCAGUCAAGUGGUGCUGAGCGUCAUCUUGCCAUUUGUCACUGCUCCCCUCGUCUGGUUCACCUGUCGAAGCCAAAUCAUGACUGUGCGAACGGAUACCACUGGAGAAGCUGUGAAUAUGCGGAAUGGUUGGAUUGUCACGAUCCUUGCUGCAACUAUCUGGCUUGUGCUAGUGGUGAUGAAUGUGGCUCUGCUGGUGCUUGUUGGUCUGGGAAAAGCAUAG